UCCCUACGCCCAUAAAUUCAUGCAACCCACACCCCCUCCCACACUACCCCAAAACUCCCCGAUGAUGUAGCCGCGCCACCACUCCGCCGCCGCCAUGGGCCACCGCCGCCUCCGCCCCACCACCAAGUCCUACACCCUCCCCUCCUCCCCCACCCACUCCUUCUCCUCCUCCUCCGCCUCCUCCGACUUCGAAUUCACCGUCUCCCUCUCCCCCCGCAAAUCCUCCGCCGCCGACCUCUGCCCCGCCGACGACCUCUUCUACAAGGGGCAGCUCCUCCCCCUCCACCCCUCCCCCCGCCUCUCCAUGGUCCGCACCCUCCUCCUCUCCUCCUCCUCCACCUCCUCCUCCUCCGACACCACCACCACCGCCUCCCGCGACUCCACCGCCUCCUCCGACUCCUCCUCCGCCGACCUCCUCCACCCCGACUCCGCCCGCCCCAGCUCCGCCACCGACGACGAGCUCAAACACCUCACCCCCCACCCCACCACCCCCCCUAAAAAACCCUCCAAAUACUUCUCCCUCCCCAAACUCUUCCGCAAAGACAACGCCACCGCCGCCUCCGCCGCCGGCGGCGGCGGCACCGUCAAGCGCGUCAGCUCCGGAGCCCGAGAAGUCAUCCUCAAGUACUUGAAAAAGGUCAAGCCGUUGUACGAGAAGCUUUCCCAGAAGCAACCGCAGCAGAAAGCGUCCAGAAUUUCAAGCUCAACAAAUACCGUCGUCGCUGUUACCCUAGUCAAAGACUACAAGAGCCAAGAGCUACUAAGCCACCAAAAGGAGGAGAUCGACGCCGCCGUGACGCAUUCAUUUUCCGGCAAUCUAAGGCUGUAUAAUAGGCGGAGAAGCUGCUUCUCGAGCUGCCCGCCGUCGAUGGGGUCGUCGCCGAGCCACGGCCGAAACGGGCACGGGUCCGGGUCCGGGCAAAUGGGUCGACCCGGAUCCGGAACCCACAACUCGGACACGUCAUCGAUGGAGGAGUUGCAGAAUGCGAUUCAAGGUGCCAUUAUGCAUUGCAAAAACUCCAUGCUUCAAAGCAAGAAUUUGGUUAGUAAUGAAAUUUGAGGGAAAAAAGAAAAGAAAAAAAAAAGAGUCCAUUUGUUUUUAUAAUUAAAUGAGAGAAAAAAAAAAAUAUUCAGUAAGUUUGAUCGAUGUUUUGGUUGAUGUAGAAUGAUGAACUGAUAUAUUCUAAUUAACAUCUUGUUGCUGAUUAAA